CAGAUCCUGGACUUUUUUUUUUAACUGCAUAACCUGCUGACCAAGAAACCAGAUUUGAGGUUUUGGGUUUGGUUUGCCUUUUUUUCUUUUACCUCCUUCCUAAUUGGAAGAGCACAGCAGUGGCUCCUUGCUCACUUCAAUGUCAGUUUGCUGCUAAUGGGUGUAAGUAAAUUAGAUGUCUUGUACAGAAAGCUGCUCCUCACUAAACUUUUCAUCAGAGGAUGGGGAAAGCCAGAGGAUCUGAAAAGAAUAUUUGAAUUCAGAAAGAUUAUUGGAAACAGGGAAAAAUGCCAGACGCUGGUUUCCAAAGACUAUCCAGUGUUCAUUGACAAGGUUGAGCUGCAGUCCGACUGUAAAAUCCUUGAGGGCCACUUUCUUUCCCCGCUAGCUCAUUGUGUCCCAGGUAUCCUACCAGUUGAAUCUCUUGUAGCAAGAUUUCAGUUUAUCAUACCCAGAAGAUGGAACAGCAAGCACAGACCUGUGUGCAUUCAUUUAGCGGGCACUGGAGAUCAUCAUUUCUGGAGGAGACGCACGUUAAUGGCACGCCCAAUGAUUAAAGAAGCUUGCAUGGCUUCCCUAUUGCUAGAAAAUCCUUACUAUGGCUGUAGAAAACCUAAGGAUCAAUUACGUUCUUGUUUAAAAAACGUCUCGGAUCUGUUUGUGAUGGGAGGAGCUCUUGUGCUAGAAUCCGCAGCUCUGUUGCACUGGCUGGAGAGAGAAGGCUACGGACCACUAGGGAUGACUGGAAUAUCCAUGGGAGGACAUAUGGCUUCACUGGCAGUGACAAACUGGCCUAAACCAUUGCCAUUGAUUCCCUGUCUUUCCUGGUCAACAGCUUCUGCAGUCUUCACUACGGGCGUGUUGAGCAAGGCAGUGAACUGGAGAGAGCUAGAGAAACAGUAUUUUACACAAACUGUUUAUGAAGAAGAAAUCAUUCAAAUGCUGGAAUACUGUGGAACGGAUUCUUUCAAGAUGGGACAAGACUUUGUUAAAAACUUCCCUGAGAGCGUGGGCAGUCUGGAGGAUGUGGAUUUUACUUCCAGAAUGUUUGACCUUGAUUCCUCAAACAAGAUUGUAUCUAAGGAAGCUGUUCACAGCUUUGCCACAAAUAAAAAUACUCUAAGUGCCUCAUCAGAAAGACUCUUAAUACAAGAAGCUCCUAAAAUGCAGUGCAUAAAUCAAACCUUUUCAACCAGUAGCAGUAGCAAUAAAAACUUCACCAUCCCACAAGGACACUGGAUAAAUAAAAGAAGAAAGAGUGACACUUUGCAGAGAGAAUCCUUAAGGUUCAUGAAAGGAGUAAUGGAUGAAUGUACCCAUGUAGCUAACUUCUCAGUUCCAGUUGACCCAAGUUUGAUCAUAGUUGUACAAGCUAAGGAGGAUGCAUAUAUUCCUCGAACUGGGGUGCGCAGCCUUCAGGAAAUUUGGCCUGGGUGUGAAAUCAGGUAUCUAGAUGGAGGUCAUGUCAGUGCCUACCUCUUCAAACAAGGACUCUUUAGACAAGCUAUUUAUGAUGCCUUUGACCGCUUCCUUCAGAAAUACACCGUUUGAAAACCUUCAUACCAAAUUCAAACUGAUCUCAUUUGUAUUUCCACUUACUGGAACUUGUAUUUGGAAAACAAAGCCUCUUGCAACAUUGAGUAGAUGAUCAGUGACUUCGUUGUAGGUAACAAUUACCAAACAUGGUGCAGUACCAGCAUUGCUUUCAUUUCAACCAAAUGCCAUUCUGACACACUUCCUUCAGCUUUACCUGUGGAAAAAUGAUGGCAGCAUUUGUUAGUGCAUGGAUGGUUCAUCUCCUUCCUGUUCAAACACAUUGUGUAUUCCCUUAACUCUGAAUAAAUUCUGAAUUGUGCAUCAGUUGAAAAUAGAUCAGUCUAAACACUCAAAGAAUGUAACAUUUCUGCAGGGCUAAGAUACUCUGGUAUUUAGUGUUAUUUCUGGUUUGUUCUGGGUACUUUGGUUUCCUCUUGCAUCGUCAUCCCCUUGCUGUUCCUGUUGUGUUGUACUAUGGCUUUGCCAGCGCUUGGCCUUUUGUGUUUGUCACUGAUUUUCUCUAUUGUGAGUUAAAAAUGAGCUAUGACAGAAGUGGCAACAUCAAAUCUUACAAAGAGAGACUUCAAAAUUCAGUGAAGAGUGAUAGAGAGGCAUUUUCAUUCGAUGUGUCCAUGAGAUUUUUCUGCUGCUGAAUUUAACUCUGCCGUUCCAGAAGAGUCAUGUAGUAAUUCAGCUACUGGCUUCACAAAACUGGAAUAAGGGAAAAUUAAGUGUCUAGUAGUUAAUUGUUUACAGACAUUUGGUUGGAUAACUUUUUCUUCUAGUUUUUGGCUGUUGCUUUUUUUUUCAAGUGCUCAAGGAAAUAAAAAUGUGAUCAUUUUUCUGUAGAAACAGUGGCACAAAAAGUCUGAUUCUAAGCAUUUAAAUGAAGAGCAGAUUAUAUGGUGCUAUGAAGACCUGUUGGAAGUAUUUCAACAGAGGUCCUUUUUAAAGUGCACUCAGUGCUGAUAUGCAAAAUACUGUUUCAAUGUAUAAUAUUAAAAAUGUCUUUGAGACUAAGUGGUAUCAAAACAGGUCAGCUCCUUAUUUUCCAACACUUUUACUAAUUGGAUGGAAAAUGGAAACAAAUAGGGUAAGGAACACAGUUAACAAAAUCCAGAGUUUGCCAUUAACCUCUUUUGGAAUAAAAAUGCCAACUAAUUACAGUAGAGGAAAAGAUUGCCAUGCAUCAACUAUGAUAUCUCUCUCCACCUUAUUUUGUGGUAAUCCCCCAUGGGAUUCUUUUAAAGACAAGUUGAAAACUGAAACACUUCAGUAUUAAUUUUAAUAUCAUAAUGACCAGAGUUGCACAGAAACAAAGAGGAAAAAAAACAGCCUGUUGUACACCUUUCAGAUCAAGCACUUUAUUGAUCUCCAUGGUUAGCAUAAUGUUUUUUAACAGGCAGAGCAUGAAGCGAGCAAAGCUCAGCUUGUAGAAAUACAUCGCCUUGAAUUUUAGUCAGGCAGACAAGACUAGUAAGAAAUCAAGGUUCACUUGGAAAAAAUCAGAUAAGUACAGGUAAAACUGAAGUGCAACAGUUUGUAGUAGCCCAAAAUAUUUAACAUGCAAAUUCACUCAUAAAUUAAUUUCUAUUCUCUUGAAAAUUAAAUUGCUUAAGUGAUUUUUUGUAAUUUCUUUAGAUGCUGUUGGUUUCUCUAUAUUGGGAGCAAACGUAAAGUGACUAGCACAUUAAAACAGAGUAAAACAUUGAAUGUUGGAAGGUUUGAAAACAGAGUUAAGUAAGGUAACAAAUAGAACAUAACAGGUUUGAAUGCUGUACUGAAAGAUUUAUGGGCUUGAUGUGUUACAAGCUCAUUCAUCAGCAGAGUGUGUUACAACUGUCUGCUGUUCACCGGCUUUUUUAGAUCUCACAUUUUAAAUGUAUUUAUAUGCUUUAUGUCCUGUUUCUGUUGCAGCUAUGAGAAAGGGAGAUAACUGGUGGCAAGGGAAAGGGCUUGAACAAAUGGAAGAGAGAAAAGGCAGAUUUUGUAAGGCAGGGAGUAAGCGCACAAAAAUCAACUUCUCUACCCUACAAAGUAUAACAUCCAAAGUAAAUAUUUUCAAAGCGCACAAUACUAGGAAUCACACAACUGGUGGGAACUUGACAUCCUGAGGUUAGUGUUCUGAUGAUAUUACUAACAAGGUUUAACUUGCCAAAAGAGCAUACUGCUCACAGAAGCAGAUUUAUGCCAAUGCAGCUCCUGUUUGUGAGAGUGUCUUUUUGGGUAAGUAGUGAAAGGCUGGUCUGGGACCAGAAUGCAAAAUCCUACUUUGCUGUGUAGCUCAAGUAGUAUUGCCAAAUGUGAAAGCCCAGUAAGAAGCAUCUAAGAAAUAUCUCAGGUUGGAAUAACAAAAGGGAAAAAUAAGUUCUGUGGUCUUUUCCUGCCAGUUAUCAGACACAGGAGGCUAUUAAUUGGUCUGUGGAGGGGGAAGUCUUGCUGUGUAAAUGUUUUUAACCUUUGGAAAAUUGACUUUUUAAAACAGAUUUUAAGGUUAAAUCCUCAGAAAGUGUUAUUAAUAAUCCAUUUUGAUGUAAAAUGAGAAUGUGAUUUUAAUCCAGCAAUUGCCUGAGAAAAAUAUUGGGCUAAGGUUCCUGCACUUAAUCCAAACAGCAGGUAAACCAUUCUGUAUGCCUGAAAUUGAUUGUAAAAUUUGCCUUGAUUAUUUUUUGGUUUUAAUGUUUUUCAAUAAAAGUGCUAAAAAACCCA